UGGUUAUCUCACAUUGCAUCAAACCCCAUAUUCUUGCCGAAAUGGAAAGAAAUUCUAUAUGGGUAGCAUUUGCCACAUCCCUUGUGCUCCUAAACAUGACCAAUUGUGUGGAGUAUGAGGUCAAGAAAACAUUGAUACAAUUUCUGGCACAAGUCUCUGGUAAUGAUGGCCAACAGAACUCCACUUUGAUUUGGAAACAAGACUCUGAUCCCUGCAAGGACCACUGGCAAGGUGUGUAUUGUGAUCCUCAAAGCAUGUCCAUAAAGAGGUUGAUACUUGAUAGGUUCAAUUUGUCUGGAACACUUGAUGCUGCUAUGCUUUGCAACUUCCAGCCCCUGGCUGCAUCUCUCACUUUUCUUAGCCUUGAUGGCAACAAAAUUAGUGGGGUGAUAGCAUCUGAGAUUGGAAAUUGCAAACAACUCACUCGCCUACACCUAAGUGGAAACCAUCUUUCUGGAAACCUUCCUAGUUCACUAGCCAUGCUAAACAACUUGAAGAGACUAGACAUUUCGAGCAACGAGUUUUCGGGUCCCCUGCCAAACUUGUCCAGAAUCUCAGGGCUGAACAUGUUCCUUGCACAAAAUAAUCACCUUAGCGGAGCCAUACCCGCCUUUAAUUUCUACAAUUUUGACCUAUUCAAUGUCUCCUUUAACGAUUUCAGUGGCCACAUUCCAAACGUGCAUGGCUAUUUCUCUUCUGAUAGCUUCCUUGGUAAUCCUGAACUAUGUGGAGAUCCACUUCCAAAAAAAUGUUCUGAUCAGCCUAUGCCUCUUAGUGCAUCAGAAGAAUCAAAGGGUCCUUCUAGAGAGCAGAUUCUUAUGUAUUCAGGCUAUGCUGCAUUGGGUGUUGUCAUUCUCCUUUUUGUAGUAUUAAAGUUGUGUAGAAGAAAGAAGGGAGAGAAUAAAAUUGAAGCAUUGAAUGGGAUGGUGGUGGUUGCUGAUGGUGGUGUUGAAAAGAGCAGCAAUGUUUCAAAUCAAUACAAAGAUGGGGUAAGCAGGUCUGAGUUUUCGGCUACUUCAGAAAGUGGAACGGUUUCACAAUCACUCGUAGUUCUUUCACGGCCUGCGACACAUGAGGAAAGAAUGUUUGAAGCAUUGAAAUUGGAGGACUUGUUGAGGGCCCCUGCCGAAUUGAUUGGAAGAGGAAAGAAUGGAAGUCUUUAUAAGGUAAUGCUUGACAAUGGGAUAAUGGUGGUUGUGAAAAGGAUCAAGGAUUGGACUAUUUCAAGUUAUGACUUCAAGCACAGAAUGCAAAUACUGAGUCAAGCAAAGCAUCCUCAUGUACUGUCACCCCUUGCUUUCUAUUGCUCCAAACAAGAAAAGCUUUUGGUCUAUGAAUAUCAGCAGAAUGGAAGUUUAUUCAAGCAUCUACAUGGUACUCCAAAAACCUUUGACUGGACCAGUAGACUUGGGAUUGCAGCUAUAAUUGCCGAUGCAUUAGCUUUCAUGCAUCAAGAGCUAGGCCAUCAUGGUAUUGGUCAUGGUAACCUGAAAUCCUCCAACAUUUUGCUAAACAAGAAUAUGGAGCCAUGUAUAAGUGAAUAUGGUGUUAUGGGCAUGGAUGAUCAAGGAGGUUCACCUUUUGCAAGUCCUAUUUAUGCUGGUGCAUCAGAUAUCUUAAAGGGAGAUGUUUAUGUCUUUGGUGUGAUUCUUCUUGAACUUCUUACUGGCAAAUUAGUGAAGAGCAAUGGAAUUGACUUGACUGAUUGGGUUCAGUCAGUUGUGAGGGAAGAAUGGACAGGUGAAGUCUUUGACAAGUGCCUACUGUCAGAGUAUGCAAGUGAAGAGAGGAUGGUCAAUUUGCUUCAGGUGGCUAUAAGAUGUGUCAAUCGUUCACCAGAGGCUAGGCCAAGCAUGAACCAAGUUGCUCUUAUGAUUAACACUAUCAAAGAGGAUGAAGAAAAAUCCUUGAUUUAUGAAGUGUGAUGUAGACUAUGAUGCAAAAUGUUUAUGCCUAUGAAAGCAUAUAAAUCAAACAAGAAGCUAGUGAACAGUCUCUUUCUCUAAGUGAACUUUUCUUAUCCGUGUCCAAGGCAUUUCAGCCUUCAAAUCAGUUUCUGUAGAAUAUUUGUAUGGUUCU